UGCGCAUCUUGUGAUUCUUGUUCUACUGGUGCUUCAGAUCCAGAUGGGCCAUGCAGAUGCCAGUGCGGAAGGUGAUCUUGCCCUUGGGUUGGACGAUGUGCAGCUUGGAGAAGAUGCGGCCAGCGUCAGGGAUCCUGAGACUUCACCACGAUGUCUUACCAACAGCAGCAGUGCAAGCAACCCUGCCAGCCUCCUCCUGUGUGCCCACCCCCAAAGUGCCCAGAGCCUUGUCCUCCUCCAAAGUGUCCUGAGCCUUGUCCUCCUCCAAAGUGCCCUGAGCCUUGUCCUCCUCCAAAGUGCCCUGAGCCUUGCCCUCCUCCCCCAUGCCAGCAGAAAUGUCCUCCUGUGCAACCUUCUCCACCAUGUCAGCAGAAGUGCCCACCCAAGAGCAAGUGAGGGAUGGUUUCAGCAGCAUCGGGAACAAGAGAAGAGAAGUGAAUGUCUCUCCUCUACCUCCAGAGCAACAUGCCCAUCUUUUCUUCAACGUCUGUCAUGGAUGCAGAAGAAUAUUCCCCACCCUUCU